GCAGACGAACAGACGAUCGGCGAGCUCAAGGACGAAAAAGUAUCGUUUUGGGAGUAAAGAUUUGUGCACAUGAUGUCGGUCGCAGUCAGCACUGCGCCCGCGCCUGAAUCGGGCCAGCUGCCAGCAGUCAGUUUAGUGAGAGUGAGCAUGCAGGCCAAUAUUUAUUUUACGAAAUAACUACCAUGGAGCAAUCAGGACUUUUACCAUGGGACGUCGUAGUCCUCGUCCUUUAUUUCUUCGCAAUUUUAACCAUUGGUAUAGCGUCACUAUGGAGGUCCAACAGGAGCACUGCAGAAGGGUAUUUCUUGGCUGGAGGAUCUAUGCUUUGGCUUCCCGUUGGGGCCUCCUUGUUUGCUAGUAAUAUUGGCAGUGAACACUUCAUCGGUCUUGCGGGAUCUGGAGCCUAUGCUGGCAUAGCCAUUGCAGCUUUUGAACUCAAUGCGCUGGUAAUGCUACAGCUCCUUGGAUGGAUAUUUCUACCCGUGUACCUCGCCAGCGGGGUUUAUACAAUGCCAGAGUAUCUCCAGAAGAGGUUUAGAAGCACUCGCAUCAGGAUGUACCUUGCCAUUCUCUCGCUCGUCAUCUACAUCUUUACAAAAAUCUCGGUCGACUUGUUUUCCGGUGCCUUGUUCAUCCGGCAAGCCUUAGGAUGGGACCUCUAUCCUGCUAUCUUUGGUCUCCUGGGGAUAACAGCCAUCUAUACUGUGACCGGUGGUCUUGUGGCGGUCAUAUACACAGAGACCCUUCAGACCAGUAUCAUGAUCGGCGGGGCCGUGUGGCUGUGUAUUGCAAGUUUUCAAAAGAUUGGAGGCUAUGCCAUGCUUGAACCGCUCUAUGCAGAAGCUAUUCCUAAUGAGACACUCUAUCGCAACGAUUCUUGUGGGAUGCCGAGGGAUGAUUUCUUCCACAUGCUGAGGGCCCCCGUAGGCUCGGAUACGCCCUGGCCUGGAUUCAUGUUUGGUCAGAAUUUUGUAGCACUCUGGUAUUGGGCAACGGACCAGGUUAUUGUCCAAAGAGCCCUAUCAGCCAGGAAUCUUUCACAUGGCCAAGGUGCAACAUUGUUGGCAGGCUUCCUCAAGACCUUACCUCUCUUUCUGAUUGUCAUGCCAGGAAUGAUUGCUCGAAUAUUUUACACAGAUAUUGUUGCAUGUGUGGAUAAAUGUGAAGAAAUAUGUGGUUCCAAAACCAGUUGUUCAAAUCUUGCCUUUCCCCUUCUCGUAUUUGACCCUGAACUCCUGCCCGAAGGGGCCCAUGGAUUACUGUCCGCUGUUAUACUGAGCGCCCUCAUGAGUUCUUUGACCUCCACCUUCAAUAGCAGCUCCACCAUAUUCACCAUGGACCUGUGGCGGUGGAUCCGCAAGAUACCAGGUGACCGGGAGAUGGGGCAACUUCCAAGAGAGACCGCCCAGAAACAUGAAAUGGAGUUGAUGAUUGUUGGAAGGUUGUUUGUCGUUUUAAUCAUCAUAAUCAGUAUCCUCUGGGUCCCCAUCGUUCAAAACAACCCCAGCGGACAAUUGUUUGUUUACAUCCAGCAGGUCAUGGCCUAUCUAGCGCCCUCUAUCACGGCCGUCUUCCUGUCAGCUGUAUUGUGGGAAGGCACCACGGAACAGGGUGCAUUCUGGGGGUUAUUGCUGGGUUUGGUUCUGGGCAUCAUCAGGAUAAGUUUGGUUGUGGCAUUUCCAGAGCCUUUGUGUGGGGAGGUGGACAGUCGACCCCCGUUUGUAGCAGCAAUCCUUGUGAACUAUAUGUAUUUUGCCAUGAUUCUCUUUGUAUGGUCGAUGUCAUGGGUGAUAAUCAUCAGCCUUUUUACAGAGCGGAUCCCUUCCCAAUAUUUGUAUCGUUUGACAUUCUGGACCCGCUUCAGUAGAGAAGAGCAUCAAGAUAUAGUAGACUUAAGAGAAGAGUCAAGGCAAGGAUCUUGUAAAGUUAAAGAAGAGGAGAAAGACCUGUUACGAGAGGAUGAAAUGGAAUCUUCAAUUGAUGGCACAGUGCUAUCUGAUCAGGAGGUUGAGAAAUCUGAUGAAGAGUCUCCCCUCAUUGAUAACAGUGAGAUGGGCCGAUGGCGUCGUGGAUGGAACUGGUUCUGUGGUCUCUCGUCUCAAGGGGGCGCCCUGACUGAUGAAGAGGUACGCCAACGCGAGACAAGGCAGAUGAACAAAGUGAUCCAGGAUAGAAGAGAUAGGUACAUCUUAAACUCUGUUGCAGUAGUAGUACUUGGGCUCGAUAUAUUUCUGUAUGCGUAUUAUGGAUGAUAAUGUGAUAAUGAUCAUUUUUUUUAUGUUUGAUUAUAACUGUAUACAAAGAAUAUUUACUGGAAGAGUAUGGUAUAAAAAAUGAUAUAAUUCAAGAAUGUCUGAUAACCAGAGGGGGGGGGGGGGAGUAAGUGCCAACAUAAAUGACAAUACUGAUGAUGGUGACAGUUGUGAUGAUGAGAGUGAUGAUGUUGAUGGUGAUGGUAAUGAUAUGAUGAUGAUGGUGCCGGUGAUCGUAAUGAUGAUGAUAAGGAUGAUGAUAGUGGUGUUGGUGGUGAUGAUUAGGAUGAUGAUGAUGAUGGUGAUGAUGAUGAUGAUGAUGAUCAUGAUGAUGAUCAUGAUGAUGAUGAUGAUGAUGAUGAUGAUGACGGUGGUGAUGAUGAUGAUGAAGAUGAUGAUGAUGAUGAUGAUGAUGAUGAUGAUGAUGAUGAUGAUGAUGAUGAUGAUGAUGGUGAUGAUGAUGGUGAUGAUGAUGAUGAUGAUGAUGAUGAUGAUGAUGAUGAUGAUGAUGAUGAUGAUGAUGGUGAUGAUGGUGACUGCCAAGGUAACUAUGCAAAUGGAGUAUUGUAAUUUCAAUUCUUUCCAAGAAUAAGUGCCCACCUAUUUCAUAUUGAUAUGAUAUUAUUGUUUCAUAGGUAGAAUCGAAUCAUAAUUUAUUUCAAAAGCUUGGUUAUUUGUUUUCUACAUUGCAUGGUGAUUGAUGCUAUAUAAUAUGAUAUUGUGUGUGACUAUUAGUCUUCUUUUUCGCUACUCUUUAGAUAUGUUUUUGCAAUAAACCAACUAAUGAUAAUAGUUCUAAAACUUAUUUAUUUUUGUAAUAGAAUAAGAGUAUUUUUCCUUUAAAUAUUGAAAUACUAUCUCAGAGUCUGUUUCAUUCUGCAAUACUUUAAAUAAAGGUGUCUAUGUAUAUAUUGGUUCUUAUAUACUAUAUUUUUAACUUGGUAUAAAUUUGUUCUGGAGUUUUUACCGUACCUGAAAAUUAUUAUUUUUAUUGUUUAAGUUGUAUUUUAUGCAGGUAUGUACGUGUCAUUGGAAAUGUUAUUUUGAUUAUAGAAUUGUAUUUUCAGUGAUAAUAAAUACAACUAUUCACCUGGCAUCCAAGGUUCUAUGUGCUAUAAAAGAAAAUGAGCCCAUGAAACAAUUUUGCUUGUGUGCAAAAUUAAUUUUUAGGACACGAUCAAUGGAUAUUUCAGAAUAAUGGAUAAACAAUAAGAAAGUAAUGAGGGUUCAAAUGUUAAGAUGCUCUGGAGGGUGACACGACAUUUGCUCCUGCGACAAUUGCUCCAGGCUUUAUUUCUUCUAGGAUAUAGGGUUAGGGUUGCAAUGGGGUUUUAUCUUAGGUUCAGGAUAGGGUAUGGUGUUAAAUCCAGGGUUGAAGCUGCAUGGUCAUUCCAUUAAUAUGUGGAAUUUGCAGCGGAGCAAUUGUCGCCGGAGCAAAUGUCAUGGAACCGCUACGGAGAUAAUAUUGGCGAUGCAUUGAAGACAUACAAUGUCACGCAUUAACAAAUCUUAUCUUUGAAGGACAAAAAAGUGGGUGAAACCUGUAUUAAAUGUCUUCCCAUACAAAAGAAUACCUAGGCCCUGUCUUAUAAAGAGUUAUCAUUGAUCCAAUCAAUCUCAACUAUGAAAUAUCAAUGUCAUUCUAGUAAGUUUUCAUACAGGAAUUGUACAAACCAUCUCUUUAGAAACCAAGAUUCUUCAAUUUUUUAAAUCUGUAUGAGUAUAAAUCAUAACUAGAAAAAACCUUGAACAGACAUAUUCGUUCUAGAUGUAGGGGUUGCUUGCUAUCCAUAAUUGUGAUUGAUUGAUUGAUUGAUUGAAUCUAUCACAAUUUUGAGAAAGAUUGAGGCACUGAUGUAACAAUUUACUUGAUAAAAGAGACUUAUAUACUGAUAUCAUGGGGUAGUUCAUGUUUGAUUUGACAUAUCUUGUUUGCAUUGCAAUGGAGGCUCUCCAUUUGAUUGGAUUUUCUCAAAUUUUCACUGAUAUUUUUACCUUUUUGUUGAGAAUAAAAUUCCAAUUGGGUUCAUUCUCCUUUAAUGAUAAAAUCACCAAAGAUUUAUUAGCCAUAGAUCAAGGAAUGUUUUUUUAUCAAAAUGUAUUGGUUCUUAUGAAAACAUUAAUAAAUGACAAAUGCUACCACAUGUCAUCAAGGUAAUGAUUGAAAAUAUUCGUGUUGAAUACUCCUUGUAUUAAGUCACUAAGAAUUAUGUGAGGAGAAAUUAUGAAAUCACUUAGUUUUUAUGAGAGAUUAUUGUGAUGAAAUGAAAAGGAAGGUCUACUAUAUCUUUAAUCUAUUCUGGAAUAUUCUUAUAGCUGUGACAUUUUUGGAAAAAAAAGUAUUGGACUACUCACAAUUGUCAGUUACUAUUUUCCAAAGUGAUAGGUCUUAUGUUUUUAUAAUCACUGUACAAAUCUGACCAAAAUUACAAUACUUGGCGUCUAAUUCAACAGAGUAAUUGGUGGCUAUAAUGUUUGAUGUAAUAUGCUAAAGAAGACUGGUGAAUAUAUUCAUUUCUGGAUACAUCACAUGAAAAGUUGAAGAAAGAAACAUUUCCAAAUCUCUUGGUCUGAAAUCUAACUCUUAUCUGAUGUUUAUUAGACGUGCAUGUGUAGAAUGAGAUGCCAACAUUUUUGUGUGAAUAAUAACUUGCAAAUUCACAUAUUCUCAGGGUACAUCUUUCUGAAAAUAGAUUAUUAUAUUGUCGCAAUAUAUUUCUUCAUUCAAAACAAAGUUCGAAAUUUCAAGUACUACCUUUUUGAUUUGGUGAUAUUCUCAUAGCCAUGUUUUAGUUAACCCUAGGUAACUACUUAAAGGGAUGCUCCAGGCUGAAGAUAUUUAUAUUUCAAUAAAAAUUUCACAGAGCAAAAUGCUGAAAAUAUGAUCAAAAUCGGAUAUCAAAUAACAAAGUUAUUGAAUUUUAAGGAUUUGAAUUAUUCCGGUGAAUAAUGAAUAUUCAUGACGUGCAUAUAAAUGUUUCCCAAAAAUAUUGCUAAACUUUAAAAUUCAAUUACUUCUUUAUUUGUAAUCCAAUUUUGAUGAAAUUUUCAGCAUUGUGCUCUAUGAAUUUUACUAUAUUUAUUUAUCCUCAGCCCGGAGCAUCCCUUCAAGACCAGCAUGCAUUUAUGGAGUGUCAGUUUUCAACUCAUUCACUAAAAUGAAAGUUAUUUUGAUCCUUUGGCAAAAUGUCAAAAAAUAAUUGUAUUGUGAAAUAAGAAGAAUAUGUGAUAAUGUGAGAAUAAAAUUACUUUUUAUAUUUAUAUACGUUAUAUUUGUCAUGAGUAUUUUGGAAGUAAAAUGAAAUCUAACAUUCCUUUGAAGUGUGAACUAGAUAUCUUAUUUAUUCUACAGGAUAAACCUAGGUUUGAUUAUGAGAAUGCCACACUUUCUAUUUUUAUAAUAAUUUUAUGUUGUGAAUAUCAUCAUCAUUAAAUGGUACUUUACUUAUUUA